UCCUCGUCCUCCUCCUCGUCCUCUUUGUCCUCGUCUUCCUCCUCAUCCUCAUCCUCGUCCUCCACUUCCUCCUCAUCCUCCUCGUCCUCCUCGUCCGCGUCCCCCUCCUCCUCCUCCUCUUCCUCAUCAUCCGCCUCCUCCUCGUCCUCCUCAUCAUCCUCCUCCUCGUUGUCCUCCUCCUCCUCGUCAUCCUCCUCCUCCUUGUCAUCCUCCUCCUCCUCCUCGUCCUCCUCCUCGUACUCCUCCUCUUCUUCCUCCUCGUCCUCAUCCUCAUCCUCCUCUUCAUAUUUCUCGUCCUCGUCCUCCUCCUCCUCUUCCUCGUCAUCCUCAUCCUCCUCCUGCUCGUCCUCCUCAUCCUCCCCGUUAUCCUCCUCCUCCUCCUUGUCGUACUCCUCGUCUUCCUCCUCGUCCUCCUUUUCCUCCUCCUCCUCCUCCUCCUCAUCCUCGUCCUCCUCCUCAUCCUCCUCGUCCUCCUCCUCCUUAUCAUCCUCUUCGUCCUCCUCCUCGUCCUCCUCCUUGUCCUACUUGUCCUCGCCCACCUCCUCAUACUCAGCCUCGCCCUCCUCCUCCUCAUCAUGCUCCUCAUCAUCAUCCUCCUCCUCGUUGUCCUCCUCCUCCUCGUCGUCCUCCUCCUCCUCGUCGUCCUCCUCCUCUUUGUCGUCCUCCUCCUCCUCCUCCUCGUUCUACACAUCCUCGUGCUUGUCCUCCUCAUCCUCCUCAUCCUCCACCUCAUCCUCCCCAUCCUUGUCGUCCUCCUCAUCCUCAUCCUCGUCCUCCUCCUCAUCCUCACCCUCAUCCUCGUCGUCCUCCUCCUCCUCAUCCUCCUCGUCAUCGUCCUCCUCGUCCUCCUUAUCCUCGUCCUCCUCCUCGUCCUCCUUGUCCUCGUCGUCCUACUCAUCCUCGUGCUCGUCCUCCUCUGACGUGCGGAAAUAG